GUGGUGAUCCGUGAAAUUCUUCUAUUGGCAUUGGAUGACUCUCACAAGAAAAUCUGCACAGCUAUCAGCAUGGCUGUGGCAUCUAUUGCAGAAUAUGACUGGCCAGAGUUUUGGCCAGACUUGUUACCAUUCCUCUUGAGGUUAAUUAGCAAUCAGGCCAACUUGAAUGGAGUGUAUGGAGCCAUGAGAUGCUUGGCGCUUCUCUCUGCAGACUUGGAUGAUCAAAUAAUUCCAACACUAGUACCUGCUUUGUUUCCAUGUUUGCUUACAAUUGUAUCUUCUCCCCAGAUAUAUGAUGCAUAUAUACGAAGCAAGGCCAUUACAGUAGUAUAUUCUUGCACUUCCAUGUUGGGGACAAUGAGUGGCGUCUAUAAGACAGAAACAGGAACCAUGAUAUUCCCUAUGCUUAAGCCAUGGAUGGCCCAAUUCUCUUCUAUUCUUGAGGUUCCAGUUCAAUCUGAAAAUUCAGAUGAUUGGGGUAUCAGAAUGGAGGUUUUGAAGUGCUUGAACAAGUUUGUCCAGAAUUUCUCAAGCCUUAUUGGCAGUGAAUUUGAGGAAGUAUUGCGAUCACUGUGGAAUACAUUUAUCUCCUCCUUGAGAGUGUAUGAACGAUCAUUGAUUGAUGGUAUAGAAGGUUCAUAUGAUGGAAGAUAUGAUUCUGAAGGUGCAGAGAAAAGCCUUGAUUCCUUUAUUAUUCAGAUGUUUGAACUUCUGUUGACUAUUGUGGGUAAUACAAGAUUGGGAAAGGCUGUUGUGGCAAAUGUGAAAGAAUUGGUCUACUACACUAUCUCUUUUCUGCAAAUGACAGAACAGCAGGUUCAUACGUGGUCAAUGGAUGCGAAUCAAUUUAUUGCUGAUGAAGAUGAUGCCAAUUACAGCUGCCGAAUUUCUGGUGCACUUUUGCUGGAACAAGUAGUUAAUUCUUAUGGCGGUGAGGGAAUUCUGGCCAUCAUAGAUGCUGCAAAACAACAGUACACUGAAUCUCAAAGCAGAAAAGUAGCUGGCAAUGCAAGCUGGUGGAAAAUAAGGGAGGCUACUCUUUUUGCAUUAUCAUUUAUUUCUGAGCAACUGUUGGAGGCAGAGGAUUCAGGUCUAGUAGCAAGUGGCUUUCACCACCUGGUUGAGCAGAUAAUCACUGAGGACUCUCUAAUAGGUUCUCAUGAAUACCCCUUUCUUUAUGCUCGUAUUUUUGCUUCAGUUGCUAAAUUCUCCUCCAUGCUAAGCAGUGGUGUUCUAGAACAUUUCCUUUAUGCAGCAGUGAAGGCAAUCACAAUAGAUGUGCCUCUGCCUGUGAAAGUUGGUGCUUGUCGUGCACUUUGCCAGCUCCUUCCUGAAACGAAGAAUGAAAUUACCCAACCACAAAUGUUGGGUUUAUUUUCAUCUCUCUCGGAGCUUCUUUCUCAAGCAUCGGAUGAAACCCUGCACAUGGUACUUGAAACUUUGCAAGCAACAAUUAAGGCAGGUCAUGAAUCAUCAGCGUUUGUGGAGCCCAUUAUUUCUCCUGUUAUCCUUAAUGUAUGGGCAUUGCACAUUUCAGAUCCUUUUAUCAGUAGUGAUGCACUUGAGGUUCUUGAGGCCAUCAAAAGUAUACCUGGAUGUUUACAUCCACUGGUUUCCAGAAUUUUGCCAUAUGUUGGACCAAUUUUAAGUAAACCACAAGAGCAGGUUGAUGGUUUGGUAGCUGGGUCAUUGGAUCUGGUAACAAUGCUACUAAAGAAUGCCCCUCGUGAUGUAGUGAAAGCAAUAUAUGAUGUUUGUUUUGAGGCCAUGGUCAGAAUAGUACUUCAAAGCAAUGAUCAUAGUGAAAUUCAGAAUGCCACAGAAUGUUUAGCUGCUUUUAUAUCUGAGGGAAGACAAGAAGUUCUUGCUUGGGGAUCUAAUUCUGAAGCAACUAUGAGAAGUUUACUUGAAAUAGCUUCAAGGCUUCUAGACCCAAAUUUGGAAAGCUCUGGAUCUCUUUUUGUUGGGAGUUACAUUCUUCAACUUAUAUUACAUUUGCCGUCACAAAUGGCAGUACAUAUACGCGACCUGGUUGCUGCUGUUGUCAGACGUAUGCAAUCUGCUCAAAUUGCUUCCUUGAGGAGUUCAUUGCUAGUCGUUUUUGCCAGAUUGGUUCAUAUGAGUGCUCCUAAUGUUGGACAAUUUAUUGAUUUGCUGAUCUCAAUUCCUGCUGAAGGCCAUGAUAAUUCCUUUGCUUAUGUAAUGUCAGAAUGGACUAAGCAACAAGGUGAGAUACAGGGGGCUUAUCAAAUAAAAGUUACUACAAGUGCUCUAGCCUUGCUGCUAAGCAGCUCGCACACUGAACUGGCAAAAUUAAGUGUUCCAGGCCAUCUAAUUAAGUCUGGUGUGGGAAUAACCACAAGGUCAAAAGCAAAAUCAGCUUCGGAUCAGUGGAUAAUAUUGCCACUUCCUACAAAGAUAGUGGCUUUACUGGCAGAUGCAUUAAUUGAAAUACAAGAGCAAGUUUUGGCUGGUGAUGAUGAGGAUGAUGACUGGGAAGAAGUUCAACCCGGGGAUGACAUUGAAAAUGAGCAAGGAUUUCUUUCUUCCUUGUCUGCUGCUGCUUCAGGGAAACCCACAUAUGAACAUCUUGAAGCAAUAGCAAAAGCAUUUAAUGAGGAUCAAGAGGAUCAAUAUGAAGAUAACCUUUUAAGCAUUGCUGAUCCCCUUAAUCAGAUAAAUCUGGCAAUCUACCUCACGGAUUUUUUUGGUAACUUGUACCAAAAUGAUAAACAGUUUUUGGAUAACAUUUGUCAGAACUUGACUCAGGCUCAACGAAAUGCUAUUCAGACGGUACUGCGGAGAUGAGUUUUAAUGUAAUGACCAUUCUGCACUCUUCCUGAAGAUGGGUUGAUAAGACAAGUUACUUGAGCGUUUUAAAGGGUCUACAGCAAGAGAUGGUGCCCCCCCCCCCCUUGAAUCAACGAACAGAUAUGGUUGAGAAGGCGUAAUCUGAUUCAGUUUUUUCCCCUUUUCCUUUUUUUUUUUUUUUCCUUUUAGUUUCUUUUUAUUUUUUAAAUGUAUUUUUCAUCAGUUUUGUGUGUUCAUUACAUUUUCAUUCAUUCUUGUGCCAGGGCCCUGUGGAUGUGUCCUCCAAGGCGUAGAUUUAUUUUGGAGUUUGGAUUGUUCAAAUGUGAGUCUGAGAUGUGUAAUUUAUUUGGCUAUCCAUCAUUUCAAUGAUCAGUUUUCCAUUGACAUUGGUUAUUGCUCUUUGCCAAGUUACCAUUUUUCUUUCUUAUCUGUAUAUCACAAGAUCAAAGUUAGUAACAUGUGAUUUGUAAUGUAAACAAUUGAUUUUGAAUAAUCAUGUUGUGUGAUCUUUUGAAAUGUUUAGUUUUAUUC